AUGUCAAUGAGGUAGACAAAUAUUUUUCAGAACGGCUCACAAAGCGUGGCUUUUUGUUAGAGAACUUAUUUUGUCUGUAAAGUAGCCACGCCUCGAGAGCGUGAAUAUCGAAGUGCCACAUCUAUAUGGUCACAUCUAUAUCUUUUGAGAAAAAUUGUUGAUUUUGAAGAAUUAUUCGGAGAAAACAUGGAUUUUCCGUUGUUUUUGGAGUCUGAAUGAAAAACAAGUUAUGCUAAUUUGAAAGAGCAUGUUCUAAUUAGUACAAUCCUGUUUUUUCUGGAAACUUCUCUAAUUUUUGUUAAAAAAUUUCAAAUUUCAAAAAAAAAAACAAUGAAACACCGUGUGAAGUUUGGAUUUCAUAUUUGAGAAGCUUCCAGAAAUUAUCCUCUGAAGAUUGGGCUAAUUAGAAAUUUUAUGACUAGCUGCUGCAAAGAUUUGUUUAUCUGAAAAUUCAGCUCUAAAUAUUUCCAGAGGUCUCACCGAAAACAGUCGAAUCCUUGACGAUUAUGUAUCAAGAGAACCACCAGCUCGUCGACAAAUGGUAAUUUUUCUUCUUCAUUUUUCUCACUUUGAAAAUCAAAAAAUCUUCAGGCUCGAAUGAAAGUCGAUCAAUUGAAAAGCGAUGUUCAACGCGUCGAACUGGCAGUUUCAGGUGUUCACACAAAAAUGACGCAUAAAUGGAGAGCAGCGAGUGAAAGAGAUGAAUUAUUGAAGCAGCGAUUCCGCCCAAAUGAUACGGCAUUAUCGAUCGGUGAUCAUGAAUUACAAAUGAAUGAUCGUUUACACACUUCUCAUAAUCAUGUAGGUGUUUUUUUUUGCAAUUUUUCCUAAAUAAAUUUGAAAUUUGCAGCUGGAUGAUUUGAUAAAUCAAGGAUCGGCAGUGUUGGAUAGUUUGCGAUCGCAACAUAUGAAUUUGAGAGGAGUUAGACGGAAAAUUUUGGAUGUUGGACAAGCGGUAAGCAAUUUCAGGGGGUUGGAGGGAGAAUUUUGAGAUUUCUUGGUAAUUUCUGUCAUAUAAAUUACAAAGUUAUGGAAUAAGAAACUCCAAAAUUUGAAAAAAAAAUGUGAGAAAUGGUCCCCACAUUCAAAAAUGAGCCCCACGGCAAAAUUAAGUUCCUAUAAGUCUUGAUGGGAGCUUUCAAGUUGACGGCAUAAUUUGAAGAGCCGUAAUCAGUAUUUUUUAAAUGUACAAAUGAAAAUUGAUCUAUUUCUGAAAUUUCACAUAAAGAGAUUUUCAGAAUUUCAACAUUUUCUGACGAUUUUUGACAUUUUCUUGUGAAAAAUUUCCAAGUUUUCAUCAAAACUUUUCCUAUUUUUCCAGCUCGGCUUAUCCAACUCCACUCUUCAAGUAAUUGAUCGUCGAGUUCGUGAAGAUUGGCUCAUCUUCGUCAUUGGUUGUAUAUUCUGUAUUCUAUUUAUGUAUUUUUUCUAUCGAUUCUGGAAGGGUUAA